AAUUACACUUUACUGCAAACUAAAAGUUAAACAACGUCGCGAAUCUGAGACAGGCGAAUCCGAAAACUUUUGUAAAAUGAGCCUUCAAAAUGUCUGCCGCAAGGGCAAUGCCUUCAACCUGUUGAACGUUUCCAGGAAAGUUCAAUGCCGCACCUUGUCGGUUGCAAUUCCGCAACCCAAGCAGAAAAACAGUCAGAACAUCGUAUUGGUGGAUGGAGUCCGGACACCUUUUCUGACUUCAGGAACGUCCUAUUCCAAACUAAUGCCUCACGAGCUGGCCAGGCACUCGCUUUUGUCGUUGCUGCAAAAGAAUCGCCUGGACAAGGAACUCAUCGACUACAUUGUGUACGGCAGCGUUAUCCAGGAGGUCAAGACCUCGAACAUUGCCAGGGAGGCAGCUUUGGCAGCAGGAUUUAGCAACAAGACACCCGCCCACACAGUCACCAUGGCCUGCAUUAGUUCUAAUGCGGCCAUCACCACGGGCAUGGGUCUGAUUGCCACCAAUACGUACGAUGUCAUUGUGGCAGGCGGCGUAGAGUUCAUGUCAGACGUGCCCAUUCGCCACUCCCGCAAGAUGCGUUCCUUGCUGCUGAAAGCAAACAAGGCCAAGACCCUGGGUCAGCGACUGUCUCUGUUGUCGACCUUCAGGCCUGACUUCCUGGCUCCCGAAUUGCCCGCCGUGGCGGAGUUCUCGUCAGGCGAGACGAUGGGUCACUCGGCAGACCGCCUGGCCUCUGCCUUCAAUGUUUCACGCAAAGAGCAGGACGAGUACGCCCUGCGCUCGCACACGCUAGCUAAAGAAGCCCAAGAGAAGGGUUACUUCACCGAUCUGGUGCCGUUCAAGGUGUCCGGGGUGGACCAGAUCGUAGACAAAGACAAUGGAAUCCGCGUUUCCAGUCCCGAGAGUCUGGCCAAGCUAAGGCCCGCCUUUGUGAAGCCCUACGGAACUGUAACAGCUGCCAACGCCUCAUUCCUCACAGACGGCGCCUCUGCUUGCCUAAUCAUGACCGAGGAGAAGGCUAAGCAACUAGGCCUAAAACCAAAGGCUUAUCUGCGUGACUUCCUGUACGUGUCCCAGGAUCCCGUCAACCAGUUGCUGCUCGGUCCCGCCUACGGAAUUCCCAAGCUGCUUAAGAAAGCCGGACUCACUCUAAAGGAUGUCGACUCCUGGGAGAUUCACGAGGCCUUCGCCGGACAGAUCGUGGCCAACCUGAAGGCCCUCGAUUCCGAAUGGUUCUGCAAGACGUACUUGGGUCUGAACGAAAAGGUCGGCACCCCCGACCUAUCGAAGUGGAACAACUGGGGCGGCUCCCUGUCCAUCGGUCACCCGUUUGCCGCCACUGGCGUCCGCCUCUGCAUGCACACGGCCAACCGGCUGGUCCGCGAGGACGGCAAGCUGGGAGUGGUUGCCGCCUGCGCCGCAGGGGGACAGGGUGUGGCCAUGCUUCUUGAGCGCUACCCGGGCGCCACAGCCGACUGAAACCGCAACUGAAUCGACAACGAAGAGAGUGCAGUGUGACUGCGAGAUUACCUAGCUUUUAUAAACUAUAGAACUUUGGUUAUACGAAUAAAGAAAUCUGAAUUUUAAAA